UUGGUGGAAGUACAUUAAAUCUCUGGCUGAGUGACUUGUGUGCCUUGAUCUGUUGCAGUUGGAAAAUAAACCGUUACUUUUCUUAUUCUACCUACUUAAUCAUAUGGGAUACUGCUGCCUUAACUACUGGUCUGAGUUCAGCUGGAUAUGCAUUUUUUUGAUGUAAGUCAUCACACAAUUCCUACAGAAAAAAUGCAAGCAACAACUAAAUGAAAGUUGGAAUCACGUCCUUCAGGGACUCUAAAGCAAAUGCCCUACUUCAUGUCAGUAAUCUUCAGAAAAAUACUUGGGAGAGGAGGAGUGAGAAAGUUAACUGACUGCCAGCUAUGACAAAGAAAUGGGUCAUAUUUGUCAUAUGUGCCCUAAUUUUACCUCAGUUGUUUUUCCUUGUCUAUAUCUGCACAUCUAAUAUUAUUCUAGAUCAGAAAACCACAAUGAAGAUUAUUUCACAAAGGACACAGAAGAUUGCAGUACAAAAGACUACAGAUUGCCAAAAUGUAACUACACCUUUGCACACCUUAUAUCAUAAAAUCGAGAAUCCAUUUUUCUGUUUUAGUAGAUCUUCUGCUCGUGUGCGCACUGGAAAUUAUUUACUGCCAUACGGAAUAUAUAAAGCAGAGAGGUAUUUUGAAGCUGUGGCAAAUAGGUUACCUAAAAGUUGUACAUUUCCAGAAAGCUUGAGUAGUCUGGCUUGUAAGAACUGCAUUGUGGUUGGCAAUGGAGGCAUUCUUAGGAACAGUACCUUAGGCAAAUUCAUUGACUCUUACGAUGUUAUAAUUAGAUUGAAUAGUGGCCCAGUGAAAGGCUAUGAAGAGGAUGUUGGGAAGAAGACGACUUUUCGAAUAUGUUACCCAGAGUCCAUUUUUUCAGAUCCAUCUGAAUAUGAUCCAGAUACAAUUGUCAUUCUAAAUAUUUUUAAAGUUCAUGAUCUGAGAUGGUUAAUGGAAGUUGUUCAGCAUAAAAAAGUUACAAUUAAUGGAUUUUGGCAAACGCCUGCACAAAAACUAAUAUAUAAAGAAAAUCAAGUAAGGAUUCUGAAUCCAUUUUUCAUUAAGGAAGCAGCAUCUGAUUUCCUUCAUCUACAACUACCCACACGUUACCUAAAGACCUUGAAACCAAAGCACCCAACAACAGGUGUAAUUGGUAUUGCAAUGGCUCUACACAUCUGUGAUACUGUUGCUAUUGCAGGCUUCAAAUACAACACAAGUGAUUCAACAAGCUUUGUACAUUAUUAUGGAAACAUCACAAUGUCUUCUACUUCCCAGAUGGAGUAUCAUGACAUCCCAGCAGAACAAGCUUUUCUGAAGGACCUCAAAGAGAAGAAACUCGUGCACGACCUGACAGAAAAAUGAAUCGAAGGAUAUGAAUAUUUAAUAUGAAUAAUCAUACAGUGACAUUUCAUUUGCUGACUUGGAAGAUGUUAUAGAGGAGCAUUGAAGACUUUUCAGACGAACAUUUAUCUGUCUUCUAAUCUGUUUUAUAUGUUUUUUGUUUACAAAUGUUAUUGUAUGCAAGUUUGCACAGAAAUUGAAGGGUUCAUGCAUUCCAUUUUGCCUGUAUCAGACUAAUGAAUAUUUAGUGCUACCUGUGGUUCAAAGCCAGUUAGCUAAAGAGCAUUUACCUGUGCCAUUCUCUAUUUGCAGUUUGCAUUAGAUGACAUUUUUUUCCAACAGAAAAGAAUACUACAUUACUGGAAAAUUCAUCAACAUGCACCCAAGUCAGUUUUUAUGCGAUGCAGUCUCUGCUUUCUUUAUGUUUCUGUCAUUUCUGAGUUGUUAUACAGUUCUCUUGGAUUUUACUUAGAGAAGUAAACAACGCAAACUGUCAGUGUUGUUCAUAGGUUCAUAAGUUAUUACUAGGAUAUCGAUAUUUUGAAUCUUAAGAAGCCGUCCUUACAUUUCCAUGGUAGUUUUUAUGCCCUUAUAUUUUGCAUAGAAAUAAUCCAGAUGCAGGCAGAGCAAGAAUAUUUUCAGACAUUUACUUGUUGCCCUGUCCAUGAUGCCAUGAUGCACAUAGGUGCUAAAAUGGGAAUUAAUUUGUGGUUCCCAUUCAUCCAAAUUACAUUGAAUAUAGUAUAAGCAUUUUGCUUUAUGUGCGGUGGAAGAUGGUUCCAGAGAAAAGGUAUUGUCUGUGAUACAUACCUAACAACAUGUUCUAUUUAUGUUGUAAAAAGAGAUUGAGAUCCCCUGAACAGAUGUUAUUUUGCAAAAGAGAUUGAGAUCUCUGAGGACAGCUGAACAUAGAAAUUAUACAGGAUAGAGGUUAACAAGUAAAAAUGUGAUGUUUACUAUGAUGCAGUAAAACUGGAAAAUAAAAAAAAAAAAUUUUUUAGUAAGAUAA